UAGAGAGGCUACACGCUGUUGUAAUCCCCGUUUCCUACCCACGGGUAAAGUGGCGCCCCCUACGCACAGAAACCGUCCUUGGGCCCCCGCUCCGGCGCGGAGACCAACGUGGACCUCCGGGGGCGGGAGGCCACUCUGGCCCCAAGCGGAGCUUCUCGCUGGUAGACGGGCCCGAGGGAGCCCCUCUGGGCGCGGCGCCGCUGAGCUGCUCGAUGCUCCAACCGGAAGUGCUCUUCACCGCCUGCCUCCCACCUGGCUCUCUGGUCCCGGCGGUAAGAUGGCGGCUGCCGCGGAGUGCGAUGUGGUAAUGGCGGCGACCGAGCCAGAGCUGCUAGACGACGAGGAAGCGAAGAGAGAAGCAGAGUCUUUCAAGGAACAAGGAAAUGCAUACUAUGCCAAGAAAGAUUACAACGAAGCUUUUAACUAUUAUACAAAAGCCAUAGAUAUGUGUCCUAAGAAUGCUAGCUAUUAUGGUAAUCGAGCAGCCACUUUGAUGAUGCUUGGAAGGUUCCGGGAAGCUCUUGGAGAUGCACAACAGUCAGUGAGGUUGGAUGACAGUUUUGUCCGGGGACAUCUACGAGAGGGCAAAUGCCACCUCUCUCUAGGGAAUGCCAUGGCAGCUUGUCGCAGUUUCCAGAGAGCCUUAGAAUUGGAUCAUAAAAAUACUCAGGCACAGCAAGAGUUCAAAAAUGCCAAUGCAGUCAUGGAAUAUGAGAAAAUAGCAGAAAUGGAUUUUGAGAAGCGCGAUUUUCGGAAGGUUGUUUUCUGCAUGGAUCGAGCCCUAGAAUUUGCCCCUGCCUGUCAUCGCUUCAAAAUCCUCAAAGCAGAAUGUUUAACAAUGCUGGGUCGUUAUCCAGAAGCACAGUCUGUGGCUAGUGACAUUUUACGAAUGGAUUCCACCAAUGCGGAUGCUCUUUAUGUACGAGGUCUUUGCCUUUAUUAUGAAGAUUGUAUCGAGAAGGCAGUUCAGUUUUUUGUGCAGGCUCUCAGGAUGGCUCCUGACCAUGAGAAGGCCUGCGUUGCUUGCAGAAAUGCCAAAGCACUUAAAGCAAAGAAAGAAGAUGGGAAUAAAGCAUUUAAGGAAGGAAAUUACAAGCUAGCAUAUGAACUGUACACAGAAGCCCUGGGGAUAGACCCCAACAAUAUAAAAACAAAUGCUAAACUCUACUGUAAUCGGGGUACGGUUAAUUCCAAGCUUAGGAAACUAGAUGAUGCAAUAGAAGACUGCACAAAUGCAGUGAAGCUCGAUGACACUUAUAUAAAAGCCUACUUGAGAAGAGCUCAGUGUUACAUGGACACAGAACAGUAUGAAGAAGCAGUGCGGGACUAUGAAAAAGUGUAUCAGACGGAGAAAACAAAAGAACACAAACAGCUCCUAAAAAAUGCGCAGCUGGAACUGAAGAGGAGUAAGAGGAAAGAUUACUACAAGAUUCUGGGAGUGGACAAAAAUGCCUCUGAGGAUGAGAUCAAGAAAGCUUACCGGAAACGGGCCUUGAUGCAUCAUCCAGAUCGGCACAGUGGAGCCAGCGCUGAGGUUCAGAAGGAGGAAGAGAAAAAGUUCAAGGAAGUUGGAGAGGCCUUUACCAUCCUCUCUGAUCCCAAGAAAAAGACUCGCUAUGACAGUGGACAGGACCUGGAUGAGGAGGGCAUGAACAUGGGUGAUUUUGAUGCGAACAAUAUCUUCAAGGCAUUCUUCGGCGGUCCUGGGGGCUUCAGCUUUGAAGCAUCUGGUCCAGGGAAUUUCUUUUUUCAAUUUGGCUAAUGAAGGGCAACCACCCAGAACCCAGAAAAUGCAGUCACUCAGUUUAACCUUGAAUGUGGACACAGUUCACCUCCUCCCUUCAUCAUGUCUCCGUGUACUUUAGAGCAGUUUCGUUUUCUCGGUUGGAUACCCUGUGUCCGUUGUGAGUGGGGUGAAGGAAAGGGAGCCAGUGCCGAAGACUGCGGGUAGGGGAGGGAGGCGGGGGGUGGACAGGGAGGCAGCUUGUGAAUUUUUGUUUUACUGUUUAACUUUAUUAAAAAAGAAAAAAAGAAUAAAACGUUUUGACCCUUUCUGGCCCCUUUGCUCUGG